AUGGUCCACCUGCAGAGCCCCCGGCUCGCACUCGGUUGGAUCGCAACGUUAAUGCUAUGGGCCGCGUCCCUCGGCGCAGCAGAGCACGAAACUACACCCGUCUCAAGUGAACUCUUUAACUCUCUCGAGGAGUUAUCACGACUUGUGGAUAUAUCCUACUGUGUGGGGACGACGGGCGUGAAAAAGCCAUUUCAGUGUCUAAGUCACUGCGCCGAAUUUCCAAAUCUGGAACUCAUCGAGACGUGGAACACGGGUAUCUUACUCUCCGAUUCCUGCGGCUACGUCGCCCUGUCACAUUCACCGGGUCCCAAGCGCAUCGUCGUCGCUUUUCGAGGAACGUACUCGAUCACAAACACCAUCAUCGAUCUUUCCGCAUACCCUCAAUCCUACAUUCCUUACAACGGACAGGAAGACGACCAUAAUCAAGACGAGAAUCUCAAUACUGGCCACAAAGACCAUACCGACGGGCACGACUCCACACCAACAACCAUUCCCCAGUCCCUUCGCUGCGACAACUGCACUGUCCACGCCGGCUUCAUGAAAUCAUGGCUCCACACCCGCCCCAUCAUCCUCCCCAUUGUCUUCGGCGCUCUCCAAACCCACCCAGACUACGAAAUCGUCCUCGUAGGCCACUCCCUCGGCGGGGCCGUCGCCACACUCGCCGGUCUAGAAAUGCGACUGAAAGGCUGGGAUCCACUCGUGACGACCUUUGGCGCGCCGAUGGUGGGGAAUGCGCAAUUCGCACGAUUCCUCGACGCAACGUUUCAGAUUGGGAACUAUAGCGACAACGGCAACGACAACGACGUCGGCGACGUCAAUGUUGAGAAGAGUCGGAUUCGGCGUGUGACGCACGUGGAUGAUCCGGUGCCUUUGCUCCCAUUGCAGGAGUGGGGUUAUGCACCGCACGCUGCGGAGAUCUAUAUCGCCAAGUCUGGACUGCCGCCGAGUGUAGAAGAUGUGCGAAUUUGCAAGGGCGACGAGGACAGGAGGUGUAUCGCAGGAGCCGGAGCCGGAGCCGGAGCCAAAUCGCCCGUGGAUUCGUUGAAAACGGACCUCCAUGACAUAGACAUAUCUCUCUCGAACGACCUCAACGCAGAUGAUUGUUCCUCUUCGCCGACCAGCCACGAGAACCCGAACGAGAAUCACCAAGCAGGCGAACCACCCAAACAAGCGAUCCUCGGAAAGCAAAAGCUCCGCAGAGUCUCACAUUGCCGAACACCCUCACAAGACACAUCCGCCCCGUUAUACCCGCGAUCCUGGAACUGGAAUGUUGUCCCCGCGCGGUAUCGGUUAUGGGAGCUUUUCUUUGCUCAUCGAGAUUAUUUCUGGCGCAUUGGGCUUUGUGUUCCCAGUGGAGACCUUUUUAGUUUCGAUUAG